AUGUCUCCCAGCUACAGCAUUCAAAGCCUGUUGAAAGAUGAGAUCAAGCCAGAGGUCAAGAGUCCCAAGCCAGAAUCUGGACGUCCGACUCUAAGCAAAACCCUGAAUUCGGCCUUCCCCAACCCCGGUAAGGAUAAGAUUGUUUGGCUUUGGUGGGAAAGCCUGACUCUGGCCAGGUGCCCGAGGCUCCGUCAAGAGCGGCCUGCUUAUGUUUCGGCCAUUCACGCGUUUAUGAAAUCCGAGAUCUCUUCACUCGGCUUCCAUUGAUUUCCAAAAAAGGUUUUUGAUUCACUUUGUGUAAUUCGGGGACUUGCAAAUACCAUUACAUUUGAGCACCAAUUUUACAGGCGACUGGGCAUAUUCGAAUAACCCCGGCGCUACCGUAGGAAUUUUGGGAUUUCCGCAAAAAAGUGUGAAAAAAGGAGGCAGAGAUUUGGAGGGAAAGGAAUCCGGCCGAACCAAAACUGCGGCCAAUAAGGCCCGGAGGCCCUCUUUCAUUGGCUUUGAUUUCAGCGCAAUUGGCCCUCUUUUCGGCCAUGCAGCGGCCAAAUCCCUACACUUUCCUAAAUCCCAUGAUGUUUGGCCCGGCGUUCUGGAAUUCGAGCCAGCUGGAGCAAUUCUUUGCUUCCUUCAUCAGCAAUUCGUCCACUCCUCACCUGAAUCCCUUCUCAGGAGAUUCUGAAAAAAAUGGGAAUCUCAAAAGUGACAACAGAUUGAAGAAUAUCAAGUCAGUUACGGUAAGACUGGGAAGAAAUUCUGUUAAAACCUCUUAAUUUCAGCCCAAAAAUUCGGAACGACAAUUUGAAUGCAAACAAUGUGGAAAGAAUUUCAAACGCUCCUCAACUUUGUCCACCCAUCUUCUGAUACAUAGUGACACUCGACCUUAUCCAUGCGAAUAUUGCGGGAAGAGGUUCCAUCAGAAGAGCGAUAUGAAGAAACACACCUACAUUCACACAGGUAAUCGAUUGAGUUUAUUAUGCUGCAGAGCAAGUGAAGUUUUUAUUCGGCCCAAAUCUCGGGAUCUAAUUUGUAUGCGCGGCCGAAAAAUAAAACCAGAAUGCAGAGACUGACAUUUAGAUUAAAGAUUCGCGCGACAUGUCCAAGCUUCAUUGAACUCAUCAAUCAUGGUGCAGGUCGCAACAAGCACGCAAUUUUCUGCGCUCUGAUUGUAAUAAAUAUAAAAUUUUAGGCGAAAAACCGCAUAAAUGCGCGGUAUGUGGGAAAGCCUUCUCACAAUCCUCAAAUCUGAUCACUCACACCAGAAAACACACGGGAUACAAACCGUUUGCUUGUGAAAUCUGUGGAAGAACAUUCCAGCGGAAAGUGGAUCGUCGACGACACACGGAGACUCAUCAUCCUCAAGAUCUGUUCCCAAAUCAGUCGCCCACCACCUCUAACGAGUUGAUGACAUCCAUGAAGAAGUCGUUUAGUGUGAUUGGUAAGGGAUAUUGCAACUUAUUCAAUGAUUUAUCAGAGCCCGACGAUGAAAAAGAAGAAUCUCCGAUGGAUGUUUUAUCUCGGUUCGGGUUGAGUCUGGACUUGACCACCAAGUUGUUCUCCUUCGCCGAGGAUUCACCCGAAGAUGAAAAGUCCCCCAGUCCAUCCACCUCCGACUUUACAUGCUCGGAAGACCCCAAGAUAUCAUAA